AAACUCCAGAGUCUUGGAUCACAAUAGGCAACACACAAUUUUACUAUUGUCAAUGGAUACCAAAGAGAGUAGGAGUGUGUCACAAAAAAAAAAAAGAGAGUAGGAGUAUUCCUCUCCUCACACCCUAUAAGAUGGGACCUUUCACCCUUGCUCACAGGGUUGUUCUAGCGCCAAUGACGCGGCAGAGAGCGUACGGUUACAUUGCUCAGCCUCAGGCCAAGUUAUAUUACACUCAACGAACAACACCUGGUGGUUUUCUUAUUUCUGAAUCUUGUGCAGUUUCGGACGCAACAAAAGGUUAUCCGGAUAUACCUGGAAUAUGGACCAGAGAGCAGGUGGAAGCAUGGAAGCCCAUCGUGGAUGAUGUUCAUGCCAAAGGUGGCAUCUUCUUCUGCCAGAUUUGGCACGGUGGCAGAGUCUUUCAUCAAGACCAGCCAAAUGGGGAAGCUCCUGUCUCCUCUACAGACAAGCCAUUGACGUGUAAUCACAUCUAUGGAGGUCAGUUUACCCCUCCAAGGCGGUUAAGGACCGAAGAGAUCCCUGCCAUUGUCAACGACUUUAGAGUUGCUGCAAGAAAUGCAAUGGAAGCUGGCUUUGAUGGGGUGGAGGUUCACGGUGCACAUGGCUACCUCAUUGACCAGUUUCUGAAAGACACAGUGAAUGACAGAAGUGACCAAUACGGUGGGUCACUAGAGAACCGCUGUAGAUUCGCAGUGGAAGUAAUAGAAGCUGUGGUUAAGGAGAUUGGUUCAGAUCGUGUGGGAAUCAGACUCUCACCAUUUGCAGAUUACAUGGAGUCUGGAGACUCGAACCCUGAGGCAUUAGGACUCUACAUGGUGCAAGAAAUGGACAAGCAUGGGAUCCUUUACUGUCACAUGGUUGAACCUAGAAUGAAACUCCUUGAAGAAAUGUUUGAAUGCACCGAGUCGCUUACUCCCAUGAGAAGUGCCUUCAAAGGAACGUUCAUAGUAGCUGGAGGUUACUCUAGAGAAGAUGGGAACAAAGUAGUGGAAGAGGGAGGAGCCGACCUGGUGGGGUAUGGACGGACGUUCUUGGCCAAUCCUGAUCUGCCAAAGAGAUUUGAACUCGAUGCACCUUUGAAUAAGUAUGACAGAUCAACGUUCUAUACUUCUGAUCCUGUCGUGGGAUACACAGACUACCCUUUUCUUGAGAAUGCAGACUCAGCUGCUUGAUGUUGGUUCCACUUCAAAAAAUCUACAGCA